UAUUAUAAUAGCUUGUAGUCAAUAUCGUCAAUAAACGAAGGAAGGUUCAUGGAAACUCAUCUUUGUAUACUUUUAAAGUGGGAGGAAAUUCCUCAUCAUUGAGAUUUGAAUAAGCAUCUAGCUUAAUGGCUAAGAAUUGAAGAGGCAAAUGUAGAGAAUAUAUAUAUAUAUAUAUAUAUAUGUAUAAUUACUUAUUGCUCUCCUAUCUAUAGCUUUGAGUAAUUUGGCACACAUCUAUGGCUUCUUCAUCUUCUUCACUGUGUCGAUCGGAAUAUGACGUGUUCUUGAGUUUUCGAGGGGACGACACUCGCAAAAGUUUUGUGGGGCAUCUCUACACAGCUCUGGAACAGAGAGGAAUCAGGACCUUCAAAGAUGAAGAAAGGCUUGAGCAAGGAAAAUCCAUUUCUUUGGAUCUCCGGAAAAGUAUCAAUGAAUCCAGCAUUGCUGUGAUCAUUUUCUCCAAAAACUACGCUAAUUCAUCAUGGUGCUUGGAUGAAUUGGUGGAGAUCCUUGAGUGCAGGAGGACCAAGGGACUAAUAGUUUUGCCCAUCUUUUAUGAUGUCAAAGCAUCGCAAGUUCGAAAUCAGAAGGGAAGUUUCGCGAAAGCAUUUGAACAGCAUGAAAUAAAGGAGAUGGAAAGGGUGCAGAGGUGGAGGGCUCAUUUGAAAGAAGCUGCAAAUCUAUGCGGGCUCGAUUUAGAAGAUGCAGCAAAUGGGUACGAGGAUAAGUUUAUCAAACGCAUUGUUCAAGUGAUUUCAGAAAAAUUGCAGCCUAAACCAUUCGAGGUUGCUGACUAUGAAGUGGGUAUCAAUGCACGUGUGGACAAAAUAAUGUCUUUGCUUGAGGAGGAUCAGCUCUUUGUUGGGAUUUGUGGAAUUGGAGGAACAGGUAAGACAACUGUAGCCAAAGCAAUUUUCAACAGGAUAUCAAAAACUUUUGAAAGAAGUUGUUUUCUUGAAAACGUGAGAGAAGAGUCAACAAAUCAUGGUGGUCUAGCUAAACUACAAAGCAAUUUUCUCAGGGAGAUCCUAAUGGAUAAAAAUAUAACCAUAUCAUAUCCUGAUAGGGGUAUCAAUGAGAUAAAGGAGAGACUUCAUAAUAAAAGGCUUCUUCUAGUGCUCGAUGAUGUAGAUAAAGAAAAUAUAUUGAAGUACUUUGUUGGAAAAGUCGGAGAGGAAUGGUUUGGAAAUGGUAGUAGGAUCAUCAUAACAACUAGAGAGAAAUGGCUGUUGGAAAAAUACAAUGUUGGAAUAUAUGAUAUUGAGGUACUAAAUGACAGUGAAGCACUAGAACUUUUUAGUUGGCAUGCUUUCAAGCAAAAUAAGCCUAAAGAAGAAUAUGAGAAACUUUCACACCAUGCAAAAGAUUAUUGCAAAGGCCUUCCACUUGCUCUUCAAGUUUUGGGUUCCUAUUUCAGUAAAAGAAGCAAGCAAGAUUGUUUAACUAUAUUGAAUAGGUUGCAGACCAAGCCUCCCAAAGAAAUUCAUGAAGUUUUAAGAAUUAGUUAUGAAGGCCUUGAUAAGGAAGAAAAGGAUACUUUUCUUGAUAUCGCGUGUUUCUUCAAAGGAUACAAUAAGAAACAUGUCCUGGACGCUUCUAAAAGGUCUGAAUCUGACACGGCUUUUGGAAUACAAAUUCUUAGAGAGCGGUGCCUCAUUAAUAUAUCAAAAGACAACAAGCUGUCAAUGCAUGAUUUGAUACAAGAAAUGGGUCGAGAAAUUGUUCGUCAAGAAUCUGAUGAUCCUGGGAGGCGUAGCAGGCUGUGGUCUUAUGAGGACAUAUAUAAAGUAUUUACUGAAAAUACGGGGACAGAAAAUAUUGAAGGCGUUGUGCUACCUAAGAAAGAAUUAUCUUUGGAGGACGUUGAAGAAGAGGAAAGGUUGCAUGUAAGCGUAGAUGCCUUCACAAAGAUGAGGAAGCUAAGAAUACUCAUAAUCAGUGGCGUGGAACUUCAUGAAUGCCCUAAGUAUCUUUCAAAUGAGUUAAGGUAUCUUAACUGGAGUGACUAUCCCGCAGAACAUUUGCCAAACAAUUUUCAUCCAAAAAAUCUCGUUCAACUCCAUUUACGUUAUAGCCCGAUCAAAGAGAUUUGGUCGAAUACAAAAUUUCCAAAGAUGUUAAAAGUCCUUAAUCUGAGCUACUGCAAAAAUUUGGGAAAAAAUCCUAAUUUUUCAAGGUUCCCAUUUCUGGAGGAUUUGCGUCUUGAAGGUUGUGAAAGCUUGGUUGAGGUUGGAUUCGACGACAAGAAGUUUCAAGAUAAGUUAAAAUUCGUCGAUCUCAGCUACUGCAAAAAUUUGAAGAAAACUCCUAAUUUGUCAAGGUUGUCAUGUCUGGAGACAUUGGAUUUUAAAGGUUGUAUAAGUUUAGUUGAGGUUCAUCCGUCUAUUGAAUUUCACAAAAGGCUUAUUUGGUUGAGUUUCAAGAAAUGUAAAAAUCUGAAGAAUCUCCCAACAAGAAUUAAUUUAAAAUCUCUUAAAUUUCUUUAUCUGACUGGGUGCUCAAAACUUGAGAAGUUUCCAGAGUUCCAUAGAGAUAUGAUAUGUUUAGAGGAUGCUCGGUUUAAUGGGACUGCAAUAAAAGAAUUACCUCCAUCAAUUGGACAUCUCGAAGGGCUUAUCGAGUUACAUCUGUGGGAGUGCAAAAUGCUUGGCAGUUUGUCGGACAAUAUGUUUAGUGAAAUGAAGAGUUUAAGGAAACUUUGGUUGAAUUGUAGUGGCAUAAAAAAGUUACCAUCAUCCAUUGCACAGUUGAGUAUUCUAGAAUUAGAUUGGGGCAACUGCAAUUUAGAUGAAGAAUCCAUUCUCAAUCUUCCUCACUCGUUGCGGAAAUUAGAUCUUAGGGGGAAUGACUUUGUUAGCUUACGGUCAAGCUUCUCUCAACUUACAGACCUUUAUCAACUUGAUUUGGACGAUUGUGUAAUGCUCCAAACAUUGGAGUCGCUUCCAUCAUCCAUACGAUGUCUUGCUUUGCGUGGUUGCUCAAGCCUCCAAACAUUGUCACUUCCAGAAUUUACAACACUAGUUUUGGCACAAGGUUGCGCAUCACUAGAAGGGUAUUCCAUUCGAACAAGUGAUGGAUGCAAUUUCAAUUUCAAUUUGACAGAGAGCCACACAUUAGUUGAGAAUCAUGGGAAUGGGAACAAGAAGCCAAAUAUAUACUAUUCACAAAGUGAAGAUAUUCAGGGAAGAGACACUGAGAUCUUUUUUCCAGGAAGUGAGAUUCCAAGUUGGUUCAGCCAUAUAAAAUAUGAGAGUGAAGGUGUGGACAUGACUCUGGUGUAUUUGUGGAUCGAUACAAAUUCUUUACGUUACCUCAAAGGAGUUUCUGUUUGCGCUGUUAUCGGAAUCAAUGACGGUGAUGAGAGACCAUUCAAUGACAAUCACAAUGAAGAGAAUCGGAAUUUAUUUUCUAUCUGCAGCACCAGUAAAAUUGUAGAUUAUAUUAUAGGUGAUUGGAUUAACAAAAUCACGUCAGAUCACAUCAUGUUUUUACAUAUACCCAAUACAGGAUGGAUGUGCAAUUCUAAUGGGUGGUGUUACAUUAAGGCUUCAAUUAAUGGAUCCUAUCCUGAUGGACAACCGUUGAAGGUGAAAAAGUGGGGUAUUCAUCCAGUCAUGGACGCGCAACAUUACUCGGAACACAUCAAUGGGCCAACUAUAGUAUUUGGUUAAAGCCAGUAAAGGUGGAUCAAAUGGAACCUCACCAUGUUUCUAGUGGAUAAGGAAGGAACUUCAUUGGCCGCUAUAGAGCUCAACAAUGGCACCAUUAGCUUUCGAGGUAGGUUUCUCUAUAUAUGUGUGUGUGUAUAUAUCAUGUCUCUCCGUGUUUGUGUGUAUCACCCAAAGCCGUGUAAUAUUGAAGAAUGUUCUUUUUCUUUCUUGUUUUGGUUUUUUCUAUUGCAAACAGAUAUCCAUAGAAGUACUGUGAAAAGUAGGAAAGUGCAAAGGCUUAUUUAGCUUGGUAUAAUAUAAGUUGAUUCAAACAAGAAGAUAAGAAAAAUGUAAAAAGAAGGAUGCUAGUUUUCUAUUUGGUUAAUUUUUUAAAUUGUAUUCCCGUC